AUGUGUCGGCUCUCUUACUUUCUGCUCUUUGCAGUUGUGUUUUUCUCCGUUGGAUCACAACAAGCAAACACAUAUGCAGCUCGUGGGCUCGGUGACGCCAUUGUCAAUACACAUAUCCUAACAGUGUUUACCUAUCAAGGUAACCAAAUUUAUGUCUAUGGUGCCAUUUCAAAUGAAAAUGAAAAUCUACAAACACCACAGAAAUGGAUUUUCUACUAUGUACCAGUCAUGUUACCAGUUUUAACUGCUAAUCAAUGGAUCACAUCAAGUGAAAAUGAAAUACGUGCAACAUUGACGUUAGGUAAUGAUGAAGUUGAAAAUCUAGCACGGCGUUCUAUUAUUAAGAAAUAUGAUUACCAAACAAUUAGUCAAUAUUCCAAAUAUUGGGAUGUUGCACCACUAAUGAUUGACUCAUUGACAGCAUUUAUUAUUAAAAGUUCGACAAAUACACCGGUUGAAGGUGCCCAUCCAUUCACAGCUUUUCAUCCAAAUACACUGACAAUGAUGUUUCGUUUUGAAUGCUCAACACAGAGAAGAGCUAAUGAUAUUAUUCAACUAAUUCGGAAUGGUGAUUAUUCAAUUGAAAUUGCGUUUUAUUUUGCUGGAUUCAAACAGAUUACAACCAACUUUGUUUCGAUUACUGGUAGUCAAAUGAAAUCAGUGUUUAGCAAAACAAUAGCUGAUGGUGGAAUGGAUACUGUUAGAGAAACUCAAUUAGAUGCAAAACUCUACGAUCAAGUCUGGUCUUCAUCUGAUCUAAGUCCUGAUCGUAUUACAUCUGAAAUUCAAAGUUUUUUUACCUACAAUGAAACCGAAACAAGACGUCAUAAUUAUACCGACAUUUACUUUGAUGUCGAUAGUAAAAAAUCUCAGUCCAAUACAACGUCAGCUAAUAUUGGUCUUAGUUUUGGAUAUCAAUUACUAAACCUUGGCUUAUUCAGUAGUGGUUCUUUAUCAAGCAAUUCAUCUCAUUCUGAACAUACAACAACACAUGUAAUAACAACGGCUACUGAUAUACAACAUUUUACAGAUCAACAAUCUGUGCAAACAGCAUGGACAGGUGAAAAAUGGGUUCCAAAAUCAUUUAAGUUAUUUAAAUUGAUUGAUAUGAAUGACGUACUGCAGGUAGCAUUAUUAGCUAAACAAGUUAUGGCUGAAAAACAAAAUGGUGCAAUCAUACGAACUGUCAAUACAAUUCACAGUCCAAUUCUUACACACACUGUCAAGCAACCACCUAUGUUAACUGGUGAAGGUAGACUCUUUUUUGGCGUUGCUCCUCCACCACUGCCCUGGUUACUGUGUGACGGUCGAGCAAUUUCACGCAUUGAAUAUCAACGUCUAUUCUCUGUUAUUGGUACAAAAUAUGGUCAAGGUGAUAGUGUAACAACAUUUAAUUUGCCUGAUUUUCGUGGACGAGUAGCUGUUGGAGUUGAUGGAUCAAAUUUUUCAAAUGUUGGAUUGACAGGUGGUCGAGCAAUGCAUCGAUUGACCAUCGAAGAAUUACCAUCACAUACACAUCAGGCCGGUUCGCUUUCUUUAUCAUAUGCUGGAAGUCACACUCAUUCGUAUACUGAUCCAGGACAUAAUCACGGUGGACAAACAGGAAGAGGACCACAAGGCUUAGGGCCACACUAUCAUCAUAAUGCUGGACGUGGUGGACAGAGUCAAGAUAGUGAGCAUACUCACUCAAUUGCAACCGAUAGAACAAAUAUUGUUAUUCACCAUAAUGGAGAUCAUACCCAUACAAUACAAGGUGAAACAAGUAGAGUUGGUCUUGGGCAACAAUUUAGUUUGAUGCAGCCUUAUCAGACAGUUAACUACAUUAUUUAUGCUGAUUAG